AUGCAUGAUCUUAGAGAACAGAGUAUCAAAUUGUGGCAUCGUCUUCAAGUUAACUUGUUGAUUACUCUUGUCCAUCUCAAUUUUCUCAGCCGCCUCCUUAAUCGCCCUCUUGGCAGCUUCCCUGAUCUGGUCCUCGGCGCUUUUGUUGAAAGUGUCAACGGCGAAGGGAAGGUUCUUGACCUGUUCUGCAAGUUCAUGUUUGACGGUCUUAAAAUUUUCGUCGCUGAGGAGAAUGGAGUCAAUUUCGCUGGCCACCUGGUGGACGGUUGUGCGGAGGGCUAUCAUGGUGGCUUCUAUAAGCGGUGUUAUAUGCUCCUGCUUUAUACUGCCAUACGUAAAUUUACCUGUAACGUCACUCUCAACGGCUUUUGCAAUCUGCUCGGCAAUCUGCUUACCAGUCUUAAAUCUGUCAUCCAGCUGGCUGACAAAAUACUUGCAUCCCUCCUUUACGGCCUCGACGUCCUUUUGGAUGCUGUUCCCAUUUCUGUGUUGCGUAACUUUUUCACCCGCUGCUUUUCCGGCGUCGUUUUCAAAUUGCCCCUUGAUCUGAUGGAUAAUUGGACCACGCACCGUGUCAAUUUGUUCAUUGCCCAGAACCCUCAAUUGCAAACUCGACAAAUGCACACCCUUCUGCCCAAUCCACGCCUUAAGCCAAUCUUGCAGCUUAUGAUUAUUCUUCCCAUCAGUAUCAUUCCCCCAGAUGGCAUCCAGCCAGCCCUGCACUCUUUUGUUGAAUUCAUCUUCCCCGCUGAACGCAUCCGCAUAGUUCUUUAUCGCGCCCGCAAUGCCAAGGAGACCACUGCCGCCGUGGGUAUUUGCCUUCGCCUUCCCCUUAAUCUCCCCAACCUGCUUUUUAAUAUGCUCGAAAAUCUUAUCAAAAGUCUUCAGAUCACCAGUAUCUUUAAACGUCCCGCCAAGCGUCUCAAUCGCCUUGUCAACUUCACCGACCGCCUGGGUAAGCGGAGUCUUGAUAUGCUCAUUAAACUUCUCUUCAAGCCCAUUCACCGCCGUCUGAAUUGA